UCCUCAAUUUCCUACGACCUGCUGACUCACAGAGCAAUUGGCAGUGCAUUUGGCAGGCAAGUACUUGGGCCCCGCGCGCUAGAGGGGCGCGUAGGGCACGUAUAUAAGCACUAAAGCCCUAUCACUGCCUAAGUCUAACAGGAACCCCCAACGCACAACUUGAUAAAAUGAAGGCUAUUCUGUGCGUAUUCCUCCUGGCCGCGGCCGCAGUCUACGGCGCCGAAGAGAAAAAGAACGAGAAGCGCGGCCUGUUGGGGCUGGGCUACGGUGGGCUGGGCUACGGCGGGCUAGGCUACGGCGGCCUGGGCUGGUCCGGCGGACUCGGCCACGGGCUGUACGGCGGGCAUGGGCUCGGCCUGUACGGCGGACACGGACUCGGCGUGGCCGCGGCGCCCAUCGUCAGCCAUAGCGUGGCUAUCCCCGCGCCCGUCAUCAGCCAUAGCAUCGCAGCCGCGCCCAUACUCGACCACGGCCUCAUCGGCGGGCACGGGCUCAUCGGUGGCCACGGCCUCAUCGGCGGCCACGGCCUGGUGGGGGCUCCCCUGCUGGGGCUCGGCCACGGCUGGCAUUGA